AUGUCUGGAUCGACACCUUACGCGGUUCGUUCGCCGACGCAGUCGAACCAAUACCCACCACCGUAUUCACCAACUCACCCGAACCGCCCUUUUUUCGUCCACGAGCCGUUCCAGAUACCUCCUCAACACCUCAUCCAAACUCCGCCUCCAUUUCCUCCUGCGUCGCUGGUCCAUAGCCCGCAUCAUACCCGGCCCACGUUGGCAUCACCCUUGCCUUCGGCGAGCGCCCUACCUCCGCCACCACCACCUCCUCUUCCUCCUUCGAUAGGCGCAGGACCGCAGUAUCAACCUCUGACAUCAAGUCCACCGUUUGCGCUUCAGAGAUCGUACUCUGGACAUCUGGUUCAUCCCAGUAUGCCGUCAGCAUACGAUGUCAAUCCUUCGCACGCGCAUCCAGCUGGGCCCCCGAGUUCGGCGCUGCAGUCUCCUUUGAGGGAUCACCAUAGCCUCACCAAUGGAAGACCUGGAGACAUUUCUUCUUCAGAUUCGCGGCCUCAGUCGAAAGAUAAGCCUGACAGAGCGAGCAACCCAAUGUCCUUUGCGAGCAUUCUUGGUCCUUCGAACAAUGAACCCUCUCCUAAAAUGGCUGAAGCAAAGCUGCCGCCAGCGCGACCAGCGACACCGCCGCCACCACCACCGUCAGCGCCGGCGCCAGUGCCGAUAUCAUUGCCUGUGGUAGAAAGCAAGAUUGUGCCUGAAAAAGUCCCUGCGACGAAAAUGCUAGAUCUUAGUCCAGGUCUGCCUUUGGGGAAUGGCCACACCAAAUCACAAUCGAAGGCGGAAGCAGUAUUCCCUCCUAAGAAACAUCUCGCUCCACCACGACCACGAAAGAUACUAACAGAGGGGGAGGCCGACAAGAUACUGAAGGCCCUUGCCGUUAUUGAUGAGACUGUUUUCAGUGAUGCCGAGGAUGCGGCCUGGUCUGAAUACAAGGAACGGUACAAACAGAGAAGCAGGAAGAGAGCUGCAGAUGUCUACGAAGGUGAACUGCACAAGCGGAAGCGUCGUCGCGGCUAUCUUUUAGAAUCUUUCAUCCGGUCCAUGGACAAACAAGCACUCAUUGCCACCCAACGCUUCCGUGAACGCUUUGAGCCUAUCGCCGCCAAAGAAAUUGCAGACAAAGAUCACCAGAGCGAGAAGGAGAGAAAGAAAGAUAUGCAGCGCAAACGCCGUCGUGAACAACAGAUUCGCAACGAGAAGGAGAGACUUGAGGAGCUCGAACAGCGUGCUCGAGAGGCCGAAGAUCAAGAAGAGGCACAGAAGUAUCUGAGACAAGCAGAGAAAUCCCAGGCCCGCAUCAAACAAACCACUGAAUUGCUCGAGGGCAUUCCCCCUCAAGAAGACAUGGAAGUCCCAGCACCAGCCCCCAACUAUGAAGGUGGUGUUACCUCGUCCUUCCAGCUCGCCACGCCCGAACCUGGAGAACCUCCCAAGAAGCGAAGCAAGAAGGACCCCGGUGCUCCCUCCGCUCGUUUGAAGAAGUCCAAGGAAAAGAAGCAAGCCGAGAAAGAUGCCGCAGAGGCGGCUUACGCGGCAAUGGAAAAGGAUGCCUUGGUCCAGAUUGCACCCAAGGAAGAAUCAACACCCGCUCCAUCAGGAAAGUCCAAAAAGUCCAAAGUCCAAGAACCCCCCGCCAGCCCUCCACCCCAGACAGUCAACUAUGAAUCGAAAGGGUACGUUCAAAUCUACGAGCAAAUCUGGAGAGACUUGGCCAGGAAAGAUAUUCCCAAAGUAUAUCGCAUCAAGCAAGUAUCUCUUGCUACCAGAAGCGAAAAUCUCCGCAAAACUGCCAUCCUCGCGAGCAAACAAGCGCGCAAAUGGCAGGAACGCACCAACAAGAGUAUGAAGGAUACACAAGCACGAGCGAAACGUGUCAUGCGGGAGAUGAUGUCCUUCUGGAAACGCAAUGAGCGAGAAGAGCGAGAUCUACGUCGUCUGGCCGAGAGGAAGGAGAUUGAAGACGCAAAGAAAGCUGAGGCGGAUCGUGAGGCCAAUAGACAGAAGCGAAAGCUCAACUUCCUUAUCUCACAAACCGAGAUCUACUCACAUUUCAUCGGGCGAAAGAUCAAAACAGACGAAAUCGAAAGAGCUACAGACGAUGCCGAAGUUGCCGGGGCUGUGGAGAAGAGGGUACCUGCCCCAGAUCGGGACCGUGGGAUGGACGACUUGUCGCUGUCUGAUGAGCACGGAAAUCACAAAGUCACAAACUUUGAAGACCUCGAUUUCGAUGCCGAGGACGAGUCGGAGCUGAGAAAAGCCGCGGCGGCCAACGCUGCAAGCGCAUUACAAGAUGCACAGGACAAAGCCCGCAACUUCAACGCGCAAGACCCGAUGGAUGCCUUUGAUUCUAGUGAGAUGAACUUUCAGAACCCCACCAUGGCUGGCGAUGUCCAGGUCUCCCAGCCCAAGAUGUUACAAGCGCAACUCAAGGAGUACCAGCUCAAGGGCCUCAAUUGGCUGGUUAACCUUUAUGAGCAAGGUAUCAACGGCAUUCUGGCAGACGAGAUGGGUCUCGGCAAAACCGUGCAAUCCAUCUCGGUCAUGGGCUACCUUGCGGAACAGCACAACAUCUGGGGACCGUUCUUGGUCAUUGCUCCCGCCUCGACGCUACACAACUGGCAACAAGAGAUCACCAGAUUUGUGCCGGCCAUCAAGGUUCUUCCAUAUUGGGGCAGUGCAAAAGACCGCAAGAUUCUGCGAAAGUUCUGGGACCGGAAGCACAUUACUUACACGAAAGACUCCGAGUUUCAUGUUCUCGUUACUUCAUAUCAACUUGUCGUUCAGGAUGCUCAAUAUUUCCAGAAGAUCAGAUGGCAGUACAUGAUUCUGGACGAGGCGCAAGCAAUCAAGUCGUCGAGCAGUUCGAGAUGGAAGACACUUCUCGCUUUCCAGUGCCGCAACCGACUUUUACUGACCGGCACGCCUAUCCAGAAUAACAUGCAGGAGUUAUGGGCUCUACUCCACUUCAUCAUGCCGACGCUCUUCGACUCUCAUGACGAGUUCAGCGACUGGUUCUCAAAAGAUAUUGAAAGCCACGCGCAGAGCAACACCAAGUUGAACCAGGAUCAACUCAAGCGUCUGCAUAUGAUUCUCAAGCCGUUCAUGUUGCGACGUGUCAAGGCCCACGUGCAGAAAGAACUUGGCGACAAGGUUGAGAAGGAUGUCUUCUGUGAGCUCACCUACCGACAACGAGCAUACUAUUCGAAUUUGCGUAGCAAGAUCAGCAUCAUGGACCUUAUCGAGAAGGCGGCGCUGGGUGGCGAUGAAGAUACUGCCACACUGAUGAACUUGGUCAUGCAGUUCCGCAAAGUUUGCAACCACCCGGAUUUGUUCGAACGAGCAGACACGACGUCCCCCUUCUCCAUGUCGUAUUAUGCCGAGACUGCCUCAUUCGUCCGCGAGGGGUCAUUUGUGCAAGUUGGCUAUUCAGUUCGCAACCAAAUUCAAUACGAUCUGCCUCGAGUACUUUGUAAUGAUGUCGGAAGAAUUGACAUUGCCGGGCCUGGCAAUCCGUACGCUGGGUUCCGACGCGCUGGCUUCAAGACCAAGGGACUUGGGGGCUUGAUGAGAAUCUGGACUCCUGAGCACAUCAAAAACUCGGCGGAGGAAGACGGAGCUUUCUCAUUCUUGCGAUUUGUCGACACCUCGGCAGGUGAAGCCUCAUUUCAUGGCGAAUCGGGACUUUUUGAGCGCGCGAUGAAGCUCAAGAAACAGCAGGGACGGAGCUUACAAAUCUUUCAAGAUUCUGAGGACGGACCCGACGGGCCGCCUGUGCAUGCUAUGUUCAACAUCGUGGAAAACCAACCGCGUCGGGCCCUGAUGGAACUGGACCCCAACUCGAACCUCGCGAGACUUUGUAAUGUUUCCACGGAUACCCUUGCAGAACACGGAGUCUCAGUGCUCGAGCCGGCGGCCCGGCCAAAGGCGUUGGCUCCGCCGAUUGAGAUCAGUUGCUUCGAUCAAUCCUCCAUCUCUGAGCGACAGUUGACCUUUUUCAACAUGGAUAUUCGCAGUACUCUGUACCCGCUGGAAGCUUCACUCGAGGAGAAGUUGCUUGAGCGUGACGUGGAUCCUGCCAAUUUCCCCAUCUCCAACAUGCUACCAAGGCCGGAAUCUGCGAAGGCCAGGUACACCAACAUCUCGGUGCCAUCGAUGCGCCGAUUUGUUACAGAUUCGGGCAAGUUGGCGAAACUGGAUCAGCUACUCCGAGAACUCAAGAUGGGCGGCCACCGUGUGCUCUUGUACUUCCAGAUGACGCGUAUGAUUGAUUUGAUGGAAGAAUACCUUACGUACCGUAACUACAAGUAUUGUCGACUGGAUGGUAGUACCAAAUUAGAAGACCGGCGAGAUACGGUGCACGACUUCCAAACGCGGCCCGAGAUCUUCAUCUUCCUAUUGUCGACACGUGCUGGGGGUCUCGGUAUCAAUCUGACAUCUGCCGACACCGUCAUCUUCUACGACUCGGACUGGAAUCCCACGAUCGACUCGCAAGCCAUGGACCGAGCGCAUCGACUUGGUCAGACCAAGCAGGUUACUGUCUAUCGCCUCAUCACUCGAGGCACGAUCGAAGAACGAAUCCGCAAGCGGGCGAUGCAGAAAGAGGAAGUCCAACGUGUCGUCAUCACCGGUGGAGACGGGGCUGGUGUGGACUUCAAUACUCGUGAUCGACGUGAAAAUAGGACCAAGGAUAUUGCCAUGUGGCUUGCCGACGACGACCAAGCGGCUCUUAUUGAGCAAAAAGAGAAGGAGAUUGCCGACAAACCUGACGAAGAGAACACGAAGAAGCGAAGCAAGAAGGCAGCAGCAGCAGCCGCUUCACGCAAGCGAAAGGGCGAGAUGAGUUUGGAUGACAUGUAUCAUGAGGGCGAAGGACAUUUCGAAGAUGCUUCAGCGAAACCAUCCGGCGCAGCAACGCCAGUAAGUGCGCCCGAGACGGCGGCCGGACCAAAGCGCGGGCCGCGUGGUGGCCGCGGUGUGAGCAAGAAAGCCAAAACGGCCAAACAGAGACUUGCAAUUGUCGAUGCUGAAGGGGAUCUGGGUAUGAGCGGGACAUGA